AUGGAUGAAUUGUACAACAUGCACAGGACCGGAGGCUCCGUGACCGUCACGCCCAAGCGAUCGGCUGACGGCAGGAGCGUCUAUGACGUCCAGCUUGACCUGGCCAUCGUCGAGCCUCUCUUCCACAUGCGUCAGGAGGACGCGGCCAAGUUCUUGGUAAGCACACAUGUUGCUAUGCUUGCUUCUUGUCGAGUCCGCCUUGAUGCGCGCGUGCUCUCAACCCGACCAUGGCAGGGCAUCUCCUUGACGAGCCUGAAGAAAGCCUGUCGCACCCUCGGCAUCCAGCGAUGGCCGUACGCGCGCAUGCGCGACAGGACGCGAGCAACCCGGCCCAGGCGGCAGGAGAAGCGCGGGAUGACUGAGGCCCCGGAGGAGGAGCACGGGGGAGCGACGAAGGUCAUCGAGGGUGAUGAGAAAGACGACGACAACAAGAACGAUGGAGGAGGAGGUAAGGAGGAGGAGGAGGAGGAGGAGGAGGGCCAGGAGGGAGCCAAUGAGGACGAGGACGAGGACGAGGACGAGGACGAGGACGAGGACGAGGACGAGGACGAGGACGAAGACGAGGAGCUGGAUGGGGAGCAGGAGAACGGCCUGGAGGGCAAAGCAGAAGGGAACAGGAAAGCAGUGGUGGUCGCCAAGUACAAGGCAUUGGAUCUGGAAAGCAAAGUCACAAAGAUGAAAAAUAAUGUCACGUCCGCUGGCGAGGGGGAAGGAAACGUCAAACAAGAAGAGGAAUCUGAGAAUGCAGAGGGGCAGGCGACAAUGGCGACGACGAGCAGCAGCAGCACUGGGCCCAGCACUCCCGGCGCCAGGCAACGGCAGCCCACGCAUGACCUACAGGGCCCUGCCCCUCCAAGUCUCAUGCCGCCUGCACCGCCCCCCGCCUCUCUUCCGAGCUCACAAUCCAGCUCCGAGGUCAGCGCCAACGAGUCGUCAAGCAGCAGGACAGGCGACGCGGCGAGCAACGCACGUCGGAGCAGGGGGGUGACGAGGUCGCGGGAGUCGAUCGACAACAAGUGGCUGGACUGGCCACUGGCACAUGGCGUUGACCGUCGACUCACUGAGAAGAGAAGAACUUCGGAACUUGGAAGGGCAGGCUUCGGAAAGCGACACAGUGAGAACCACAAGAGUCUGUGA